GCUGCAAGUAGAAGAAGUUCUUCUUCCUCUGUGUGCUUUUGGACAGCUGUUUCUGUCCAUUGACGGCCAGUCCACACUUCAGUUUUCUCUUUAUAGAUUUUUAAAACACAUUUAAUAAAGAUGGCAGACGAUCUGAGAGCAGAGCUGGAGAAAUACCUGCAGACUUUAGACAUCCAGACCUCCUGCGUGGAGCACCCACCGGUGUUCACGGUGGAGGAGAUGAUGCCUCACCUGCAGGAAGUGAGCGGAGCCGUCACUAAGAACCUCUUCCUGAAGGACAAGAAGAAGAAAGGCCUGUGGCUGGUGUCGGCCCGCCAUGACCGCCAGGUGAACCUCAACGACCUCGCCAAGAAGCUCGGUGUCGGCAGCGGCAACCUGCGCUUCGCAGACGAGGCGAUCAUGUUGGAGAAACUCAAGGUGGGUCAGGGCUGUGCGACGGCCCUCGCUCUGCUCUUCGACCGAGAUCACAGUGUGAAGUUUGUCCUGGACCAGGACCUGGUGGAGGGGGGUCAUGAGAGGGUCUUCUUCCACCCCAUGACCAACAGCGCCACUAUGGGGCUGCGACCCGAAGACCUGCUGCGCUUCCUCCAGGAGACGGGGCACGAGCCCGUCCUGCAGAGCUUCGACUAAACGGGUCUUAGGCAUGGACAUGAUUUGGACAUAAACAUGGGUUAAGAAGACAACCCUGCAGACAAACAUGAACUUAUUCUUUUUAAAGAUUUUACUUUUAUCAUUGUGAAAGAACACAAGGCAUAAUGUGUAAAAUAGAUGUACAUGUUUGAAAAAGGUAUAUGCUGCGUUGAAUGAAUGUUAUCUAUGAACUGUUCAAGUUGCAAAAAAUACUGUGCAGUAAAAUAUCUGAAUACUUCAGGUGAAGUGAUUUUUGUUGGUUUUCUGUCUAUUCUUUUCCAUAAUAAUGUCACGUCUAAGGAAGAGAGUUAGGGCCACAUGACAUGAAUAUGAAUAAGAAUAUUUUUGGGGAUGUGAAAAAAAAUGUUUUGUUUUGGGAGAAAAGUCAGAAUUCUAAGAAAAAAGUCAAAAUAUUUUUUUUUCACAUCCCCACAUUUCCUUUUUCAUGUGGCCUUAAUCCUCCUCCGUACCUGUCAGCCUAUUGUUGGUGAGCAUUUUAUUUUAGCAAAACAAUAAUAAUAAAGAUCAAUCCGUCAAUAAACCUCAAA